AUGGCGCAACGCCGUGAUCAAAUCAAGGACGAUGACCAUGAGAUACAGCUGUUCCACGCGACGAUAUGGGGCGACCAGAAAAGGCUCAAAGGGCUACUUGCUCAGCGGAUGCUUGAAGCUAACGAUAGUAGGAAUGUAGAAGACCAGCAUCGCGAGACGCUUGCAUCCACGAUCGUCGAAGCCCUCCAAACAUCGAACCGGCUCGUUCAAGGCGAGGCACCAACUUUCAGGGGCACACACAUUGCAGGCAACGCAGUCUACACUGCCACCGCGAACAUGCUAGCAGCAUCAGAAGACCUGAUUGGCGAAUACGAAAGGCUAGAUGGCAUAAUGAGAGAGUUGCGGGAUGAGCACGCAGAUGCACACACGAGCACUUGGAAGAGGGACGUCGAAGUCACUGACAAGCAGCCGAGGAUACAUGCGAGGGCUGCAUUGAGAAGUGUCAGGAAUUUUCUUGCAGCAGCAGAUGAAGAUGGUAAACACGAAGUGGGGGACAAAGACGAAGAUGUGGCGAUGGAAGGACUGAAGCCGAUCAAGCGGAGUUAUGAGCUGUUGAAGAGUCGAGAGUAUGCGGAUGGUCAAGGGGAUACCGAUGGAUAA